UCCGGUGGACUCCAAUAAGCGUAAGAACGAAGUAGAAUAUUCUUGCGCCAAUUCAUUGUCCCAACUCGCAAGCCAAAAAAUCCGGAAACGCUUCCAUUUCCAUGUAUGUUUCCCAAAAUCCUCUCAGUCCUCUUUUUCUCCUUUUAAUUUUAAUUUCUUUUUGGGGGUGGUGGCUCAGCCAUGGCGUCGAGAUCCGACGGCAGAAAGCUCUCGUUCGAGAUUCUCAGCCAAAGCAGUUCGCUCGUAGAUGACGAAUCCCUGGUCUACCGCUCAGACUCAGAUCCCAUCCAAAGCCACGUCGCUGAAUCCAAAACCACUGAGAAGCCGAAAUGCAAGAAACGGAGACACAAAAAAGCCUCCAAGAGAAAGAAAACGAUCGAGUCCGCCAUUACCGAGGAUCCGAUUGCCGAGCGAACCGUCGAUCCCGAAUCCGUUUUCAAUCACUCUGAAAACACAAACACGUUUGCCGGAAACAGCGACGCGUUUUCGAUCUUCGGAAGUGGAGAGAGAGACUGCACGAAUUGUACGAAUGAAUUGGAAUCGAAGUGCAUGAGCUAUAGCGUUGUGUACGAGGAGAUUAGGGUAGCGGAGGAGAGCGGAGGGAGCGUGUGUACGGUGACCGAGGUGACGGAGCCGGAGGUCCAGAAGGUGCGCGGCGAGGGGUUCAAUUUCGGGGAGUUGAGGCAGAGGACUGUGACCGGGACCGGCGAUGACGCAGCGGCAUCGUGCAUUGAGGACAAUGAGAGUGAAAAGGGCGUCGAGGUGAGCUCGGCCGCGAUGCAACGGGGCGAGCCGAAUGGGAACGUGGUCCCCAACACGUUAGAGACUGCGGAGUCCUUGGAUUGGAAGCGGCUCAUGGCCGAAGAUCCCAAUCUUGGGUUUUCGGUGGAGAAAUCGCCAUUCAAGUACUUCAUGGAAGAAAUGCACAAUGGCAAUUCAUUACGGAGCACCACAACUCUGGGUAAUGAGAAAGAACGAGAGAGAGUUUACGAUACUAUCUUCCGCCUGCCUUGGAGAUGUGAAUUGCUUAUAGAUGUUGGCUUCUUUGUCUGCUUCGAUUCAUUUCUAUCACUGUUAACUGUCAUGCCAACAAGGAUUGUGAUGACCUUAUGGAGGCUUCUAUGUACAAGGCAGUUCAAGAUGCGGUCUGCAGCAGAACUGUCUGAUUUUGGCUGUUUUCUUAUAAUAGCUUGUGGAGUCACUCUUUUACAGCGAACAGACAUCAGCUUAAUAUAUCACAUGAUCCGUGGUCAAGGAACAAUAAAAUUAUAUGUGGUGUACAAUGUACUAGAGAUAUUUGAUAAACUAUGCCAAAAUUUUAAUGGAGAUGUAUUGCAAACUUUGUUUAACUCGGCGGAAGGGCUAGCAAGUUGUCCACCAGAAAGCAUGAGAUUCUGGUUGUGGAGAUUCAUUUUUGACCAAGCUUUAGCCACAGCUGCUUCAAUUGUUCAUUCUUUCAUCUUAUUAGCUCAGGCAAUUACUUUGUCAACCGUUAUUGUUGCUCACAACAAUGCCUUGCUUGCUUUGUUGGUGUCCAAUAACUUUGCUGAGAUAAAAAGCAAUGUGUUUAAGCGUUUUAGUAAGGAUAACAUUCAUAGUUUGGUAUACUUUGAUUCUGUAGAGAGAUUUCACAUUUCAGCAUUUAUGUUAUUCGUUUUAGCUCAAAAUAUUCUGGAGGCUGAAGGUCCCUGGCUUGAAAGUUUUGUUUUUAAUGCUCUCAUGGUUUACAUCUGUGAAAUGGCUAUUGAUAUCAUAAAACAUUCAUUCAUUGGCAAAUUCAAUGACAUAAAGCCUAUUGCAUACUCUGAAUUCCUUGAAGACCUAUGUAAGCAGACUUUGAAUAUACAAACUGAGGGUGCAAAGAAAAAUCUCACUUUUGUUCCCCUGGCACCAGCUUGUGUGGUUAUCCGGGUGCUGACUCCAGUCUAUGCUGCUCAUCUUCCAUUUAAUCCUCUCCCAUGGAGGCUUUUUUGGAUUAUCCUCUUGUCUGCGAUGACCUUUGUUAUGCUCACAAGCCUCAAGGUGAUGAUUGGCAUGGGCCUUAAACAACACGCCACUUGGUAUGUGAAAAGAUGCCGAAAGAGAAAUCACCAUCUCCACUAUGAUUAAUUUGACAAAAAAACACAAAACACAAAACAAAAAAACACAGGAAAAGCAACUGUGUUUAGGAGCUAAUACCAGAACAGCUCAUAGGUAUUGUAGUCAGCCAUGCAAAAUCGUUCAGGGUCAGUCAUACAUAGGUUUUUUAUUUUUAUUUUUAUUUUUUCCCGACACAGCCGAUCCAAGCAGCCUCAUAAACAAAGAAAGAGAAUUUUGACUAUAGUAGCAGAACUUGGAAGCAUUAAUUAAAAUACGACUUAUUUCACCAGUCA